UUCAUGUUUGUGUAUCCUUAAACACGUUUACACACACAGUUUUCUACUGACCUCUAUGGGAAUCUAGCUUGUAUUCUUUUAGAUGCCAGUUCUGUGCUUGUAAAUUUUGACAAAAUGUCAAAAUGUCAUGUGGUGCGACCACUGCAGUUUGUUUUCCACUUUGUUAAAUGUCCCAGAUUGGCAGUUUGUGCUUUUAUAUUCAAUUUACUGUCUCUGCAAAAUGAGAAAAACGCUCAUAAAAAUUUUGAGUAUGUCAUUUUAGUUUGGUAAUUGUGCAUUUAUUAAUUAUAUAUUAUAUAUUUAUUAUAGAACUAUUUGAAUCUAUUUGACCAGAUUCUACUGCCAAGAAAAGUGAAACGAAAAAAGUGCAGUCAAGCACAUACUCCUGAGAUUUUCCACUGUAAGGAAGAUGUUUAUGAUUUCAUCUCCGAACCUGAGCCAGCAAGCACUCUAAAACACCUCUCACAAACACUACGGCACUUUUAUGCAACGCGUCAUGUUCUCAUGUAGUGAAAAUACAUGACAGUAAUUAAGCAAAAGUCUGAGAGUUGAACUGUUGCCACUAUUGCCAGACAACAAAUACUGUUUUUUGGCUCUUUAAUUUGUCAUGACAGCUUGCUGCAGCACCUCAGUUCAAGCGGCAGGUGAACCAAUCAUUUCUUAUAAAAUAAACAUGAAUAAACAUCAGAAGGCCUUUAGAUUUGUAAUGCUAAUGCUUCGUGGGUUUUAGUGUAUAGGCUACCUAUAAACUGUGGUUUAACACUUAUUAUGAGCGUAAAGAAAAACAUGUACAGCUAUUAAUGGUAGUAAUAAUGAAAAGCAUUAAAAACUGAUUUCAACUAUGGUAAUGUUUCAGAUAGCUACAAUUGGAACGGACGUAAAACAUGAAAUAUAGGUAUUACUGAAAAGAUAAUGUGUUUAAGUAAUUACAAUUAUCUAAACUAUUAGAUAAUAACUAUUAUUAGAUAAUAACUAUUAUCCCCAAGCACUUUUAUUUAUAUUUAUAGAUAUGUAGUCAGACUUAAUAAACUACUUAGACUUGUCUUAGAGUUAUUCGUCUAUUUUUUUCCCUUAAAUGCGGCUAAAACCAGUCCUUAAGAUAGUCUUAACAAAGAGGCUAAGUUCAUGCAACCGGCCCCCAAUUCACAACCUGUAAAUAUCAGAGUAUCAUAUGAUCAUUUUAGUUUCAAUAUUAUCUUUAAAAGGUGAAAAUAUCUCUCGCCUAGAUCGUAGUAGUGACAGAUGGAUAUCAACCGAUUCUUUGUGGCUCAGUUAAAUGGCAAGUGUUGCUCAAUGAAGGGGAAACAAACGAGUGUGAAAAUCUCUUAAAUAGCCGUGAAGAACUCAUUUACACUUUAAAUGCGUUUUAAAAGCAGCUUUAAGUAGAGGGCGAUUCAUUGGCCGGCUUAAUUUAUUCAAAGAAGUGCACAUGGCGCUUUGCUGAGAACUCCGGGAAGUUGAUCUCCCUCCGUCUGUCAGUGCUAAAGAGCGCGCCGACGUCGCCAUUGGGGAACCCCACUAAGCCAUUGUAUACUUGUGCCUAACGAGGGGUUCAUAAGCCUGCGAUAUAAUCCGGCUAUAGAAACCCCUUUUAAUAAAUAUCCCAUCGCUUCGAAUAAAUCCUAUUUAAAAAGGACCUUUACACCUGCCACAGCAGGCGAGAUCGCGGAGAAAAAAGCCUCGACGUCACUGAUGUGCGCGCUAAACAAGAUCCCGCACGUGACGCGCAGUAUAACGCGUAUCAUUGCCAUAAGUAUGCUAUGUACGUACGGCGAUCGAAUCAAAAAUGACCAAUGGUUGUUUUUAAUCCGAUGACUUGCAGCUGUAAGCUACUGGUUUAGUAAUAUAAACUGGUUUAGCUCAGUAAUCAAGUACCAGAAUUAAAAUAUAUCUACAUUCUCUAAGUUUCUAACACAGAAGCGGUGCAAGCGCACUGGCAUGAGAGCGUGUGAUUUAUGGUGUUCCUUAACGAGCUUAGACGUCUUCUAAAAGACCUCCUUUUGCGAGCAGGGAUUGGUCACACUCGAUCUCAUUUGCAUGAAGAUGUCUAUAAAGCACCCAGGCGCUGCAGCUCAGCCGAAGCGCGCGCGGAGCCCGGUAUGACCGGAGGAGAAGCUGGACAGCCGUCGCUUUAAGUUGUUCCUCGGUUUAAGUUAGCCUGCGUACAGCUGUGAACCUUGACAUCAUGAGAGGGGCUUUUAGCGGUCGGGUUUUGUGGCAUUGGUGGACAGCGCACGUCGCGUUACUGUCUUUCCUGUCCACUUCAGCAGCGGGAAUGACCAUCAAAUAUCAGAUAUACGAAGAGGACGCUCUGUCCACUGUCAUCGGAAACCUGGCGACGGACACGGCCUCGAAUCUGUCAGAUGGCUCUAAGACCGGUUUCAAAAUGAUGAAUCGGUUCAAUGCGUCUUUUAUUAGACUGCGAGAAAAAGACGGACAGCUAACGAUAGGAGAACGAAUAGACAGAGAAAAAAUAUGCAAGCAUACGAUCCGGUGUCUCAUUGCUUUCGACGUUGUGAGUGUCUCGAAUGAGAAGUUUAGAUUGAUUCACGUCGAAGUGGAAGUGAAGGACAUCAACGACCACGCUCCGGUGUUCCCCAGGAAGGAGUGCACGCUGGAGAUCUCCGAAAAUGCAGCGCUCGGCACUAGAGUCCCCUUAGACGUCGCCGCGGACGAGGACGUGGGCUCCAACUACAUACAGAGCUACCAAAUAUCAGUGAACAGCCACUUUACCAUCGACGUGCUGAGCAGAGCUGAUGGGGUUAAAUAUGCAGAGUUGGUGCUGCUGAAAGAAUUAGACAGGGAGACGCACGCCUCCUAUGUUUUGGAGCUCGAUGCAACGGACGGAGGAAAUCCACCGAGGUCCAGCAGCACGAAAAUCAACAUCAAAGUAAAAGACUUCAAUGACAACAGUCCCGUGUUCGACCGGAACGGUUUUUCGGUCGAUGUACUGGAGGACGCACCGGUGGGAUUCUUGCUCGUGGACUUCAACGCGGUGGACCCCGACGAGGGUUUGAAUGGGGAGGUCGUGUACGGCUUCGGGAAUCAAGUGCCUUCGGAGAUCCGCCAGCAUUUCAGCGUUGACCGAAAAUCCGGGCGGCUGACCCUCGAGAGCCCGUUAGAUUUCGAGAGCAAGAAAACCUACGAGUUCGAUGUACAGGCAUCCGACCUGGGUCCUAACCCGAUCCCGUCCGUCUGCAAAGUGGUUGUUCAAGUGCAGGACGUGAACGACAACGCACCGGAAAUCGCGAUCACCCCCAUGACCUCAGUCACCGCGGGGAUAGCGUACAUCACGGAGGCUGCUGCUAAAGAGAGCUUCGUGGCUCUGGUCAGCAUCUCGGACAAGGACUCGGGCGCUAACGGAGACAUCCACUGUACCCUCUAUGGGCACAAUCACUUCAAACUCCAGCAGGCCUACGAGGACAGCUUUAUGAUUGUAACGACGUCUUCGCUGGACAGAGAAAAGAUUUCAGAGUAUAACCUGACUGUUGUAGCCGAGGACCUGGGAUCGCCUCCGUUCAGAACAGUUAAGCAGUAUACUAUAAGACUGAGUGAUGAGAACGACAACGCUCCUGUGUUCAGCAAACCGGUCUUUGAGGUCUCCUUGAUGGAGAACAACGCUCCGGGGGCAUACAUCACUACUUUGGUGGCCAGAGACCUUGACUUGGGGCAAAAUAGCAAAAUCACCUAUAAGCUCAUGGAUGACAACAUCAUAGGCUCUCCGGUGUCGAGCUUCGUCUCUCUAGACCCCUCUUCUGGCUCUCUGUACGCGCUCAGAACUUUUAAUUUCGAGGUCCUCAAACAGCUGCAGCUGCGCGUUCAAGCGAGCGACGGGGGCGCGCCGCCGCUCCGAAGCAGCGCCGUCGUUCAUCUUAAAAUAGUCGAUCAGAACGACAACGCUCCGUCCAUCACGCAGCCCGCGCCGAUCAACGGUUCCGCGGAGGUCCUGCUGCCCAAAGACGCGCCCUCGGGCUCCGUUAUAACGCAGGUGCGUGCCAGGGACGCCGACGAAGGCGUCAACGCGGAACUGUCGUUCGGCAUCUCCGGAGCUGUCGCCUCCGAGUUCUCCAUAAACAGCGCCACCGGAGAAGUUCAUCUGAAUCGUGAACUCAGCCGCGACUUUUACGAAAACCCGAGAAUAACGGUAACCGUCAGCGACAACGGGAGACCUUCCCUGACCGCGACGGUCACGAUCCACUUCUUGAUAGCGGCGUCUCUCCCGAGUGGACGCAGGCGCAAUGUGUUCGCGCACAAAACAGUCGAAGAGACCCAGGAGGGGGAUCACUCGCUCAUUAUAAUAGUCGUGCUGGCGGGAAGCUGCGCGUUUCUGUUUUUAGCCAUUAUCAUAAUAGCGUCCACUUGUAAUAAGCGGAAGGCGGACAGUCGCGGCCAUUCUGGAAAGGAGGACGGCGUUCAGGGCAAGGGAAACCACAUCGACCCGCUUAUUUCGGUUCACAGUGACAUCGUUUUCGAUAUCCACCCUUACUCGAGCGCCACGACUUUUCCCGGCUUGAUCCAGAGAGGCAGCUCUGAGGACAGCGCGCGCGUCUCUGAAGAUGGCCCGCGUGACCCGGAGGACGAGGGGUUUUCCGCUGUGCCUAGCUACGGCAAAGACGCGAUGAGACAAAUGAAAAUUUGGAAAGGCACCUCGUACGCGACCAUAUCAGCUCGAGAGCCUCACAGCGGAAAGGACAGCGGGGUCGGAGACAGCGACUACAACGACAGCGAUUCAGAUACAAGCGGCGACGGCUUGAGGAAAGACGAGCAUCAGAGCAGCAGUCAGGAUGGUCUCUGGGCAUGUACAAGUGAGUGUAAGAUUUUGGGCCACUCCGAUCACUGCUGGAGCCCGACCGCUUCCAGGACCGACUGCAGUCUAACACGCUCAUUCGCCAAGUCAGGUUCACCUCCACAAGACGCUCUCAGGAGAGAAAACUACAACCAAGCUCACAUUCCAAAAACUGUGGGACUACAGAGCGUCUGUGAGAAAGUAUUACGUAGAGAAUACGACUAUAUAUAAACAGUUCAUUUCACAAACCUCUAACAUGAUUUCAAUACCCUUCUAAAAUGAACCAAACCAGCUAAGAUGUUCACACAGCCGGCUGAUCUUGCAGAGAAUAAUUAUUUAAGCCUUUUUGUACAUACUGAACAUAUUUUUAUAAUGCAACAGAUUUUUUUGAAGAUGAUAUAUUUUGAUUAAAUUAUAUAGCCUACUUGAUUUUAAAAUAAUGUUGAUUUGGUUUUUCACUGUUCAGAAUAGUUGUUAAUCAAGCAGUGUGUUCAUGUAUUUAUUCGUAUAAUGUCUCUGUAAUGUUUGUGUUGCACUUGUCUUUUAAUUAUUCACAUUUUUCAAUUUGCAGAAGGCAAUUCACUUUGGGGGUGAAAAAUGUGUUAAAUGUGCAGUCAAAGCUGAAGAUGUACUGAUUACUUGUAAAUAAAAAUGGUUUUUAAAGUCCGUAACUGAUUUCAGACCUGCCAAUAUGGAAGGCCAUCCCUGACAUAAUUAUUAAUAAACGCACAAAGAAAUGUAAUAAAGAAAAGCAUAAAUAAAUAUACAAAUAAAAGUUAAAAAAACAAAAUACAUAAUAUUAUUUCCUUAUGUAUUUUGCCCCCCACAUUUUUUUUAUUUCUACAUUUCCACUUUUAUUUAUUUUCACAUCUGUGUAUAUGUUUAUGUAUUUCUACAUGUAUUUAUUUAAAUGUUAAUGAGGAAUAGCGAUCGAGGGAUAAACUUUAAGGUAACAGCGACACCUAGUGGUGCCCGAAGCAGUCACAGGAUAGACCCUAACAUGGACUAUUGCGAGAAGUUUCAUGCUUUUAUGAAACACAAAUAUCAAAUAUCACCUCAAAUUUUGCACAUAUCACCUCGACUAUACAAAGAAAUCUGUGAAAUGCUUACAGAUCAUUAAAUGUUUAUUUAACUGAAAUAGAAACACUGAAUUAGUGUACCCUUUAGAGCGGUUGAUCUAAUUAUUUUAGGAGUUUACCUCGUACAUGCACUUCUACAAAUACACGUUAGAUUUAAACACACAUUUUGUCCUUAAGCUCUAGAGCAGACUCUGAACAUUCAAUCCAGAAUGAUAUUUACUUCCUAUCAUUCAUGGAUUUAUUAUUCAUGUCAUUCUCGGUAAUUUACCAGUAAUACUGUUGGGUGCUGGAUGUAGAUAAUUGCCGCUUGUGCCUUUAUUAAAUAUGACUUCUUUGUCCGGUUGUAAUAUUUCCUAUUGUGAGUAAAAGUAAACAGCUUUGUUCUGUACCGUGCACUUGGACUUAGACAACUAUUAAUAAACACUGACCGUAUACCAUAACAGGCAUAAUAGUGGAUAAUUCUGCCAGUAAACAAAAUAUUAAAGUUCUUUUGAAGACUGCACAGUCCUAGUCUGACCGAGAUCUAGUGUGCAACAGGAAAAGCUCUUUCUGUUCAUUCAAUAUUAAACCAGAACGUGAUGUGGCUUUUACUUCGCCGGUUAUUUUUAGUCUCUCAGUUAUCAGGCAAUAGUUAAAUCAAAUGCAAUUUAUAAAACUGUGUUAUUUUUUAUAAAGAAUGUUAAUGAAUCACAGUUAUGAAAAACAUGUAAGACUGAAGCCAGACAAGCAUUGGAGACAAGCAUCUGCCGCUUCACACACGUAACACGGAUAGCACAUACAUGCAUAGCCUACAAACAUACACCUUGGAGCAAUCUUAUCGCUUUAAUGAGAAUAAAAUAAAAGCCAGUCAUUUAAUCAGUUGGUACUGACGUUAACAUCAAUCACAAAAUGAACCCAGAAACGGUCAAUAGCAAACAAACCAUAAAACCAGAAAGAGAAAUCAGUGUUCUUCUUUCAUUUCACAAUACUUAUUAUAAUAAACCAAUCACACCAGAGAAGCAUUAACUAAUUUAACAUGAACAUUAACUACUACGUGUGCUGUGUGUUUUCAGGAUAAAACAUCUGUGACUUGACAAAGACAACGACAAAGUCAAGCCGCAGUUCAUCUGUAUGAUGUGAUGGAUGACGGCUGAGAAACGGCGUUAGA